GCGUGGGUGGAGGUGUGUUUCGGUGUGGGCAUCGGGCAUGUGAGUGUGUUGUGGAUCAAGCCGAACCACAUUCUGUUAAGAACUGCUUGAAUGACAUUAUAAGUUAAGGAUACCAAGUAAUAACAAUGGCCGAUGAAGCUGAUCAGGUACCUGCUAUUACAGUAAAAGAACCCUUGGAUCUCGUCCGUCUGAGUUUGGACGAAAGAAUCUACGUAAAAAUGCGAAACGAGAGGGAACUUCGAGGCAGGCUGCACGCCUAUGAUCAACACUUGAACAUGGUUCUUGGAGAGGCUGAGGAAACAGUUACAACUGUAGAAAUAGAUGAAGAAACUUAUGAAGAAGUCUAUAAAACUACAAAACGGAACAUUCCCAUGCUGUUUGUCAGAGGUGAUGGUGUAAUACUUGUAUCACCACCAAUGAGGGCAGGAGUGUAAAUUUGGCAGAGGAUUGUUUUUAUCUCCUUUUUGUUUUUUCUCGUGGAUUUCAGUGCAGAAGGUAUGAUUUUCUUUGAACCACAGAUGGAAAAUAAAAGUCCAUCAAGUAGAAAUGUUAAACAUAUCUUUAUUUGUUCUCCCCCUCCUUUUUUUUUCAUUUGAAUUUUGUUUUCUGUGUUUGUUUUCUCAAUACAUCAAGUCAAGAAAGAGCUGUAUGUAGAAAUUUAGUUGAAAUUAGGAAUUCAUUUUGAUAGAGGGGCUGUUUGGUUGAGAAGCCACUGGUAGACAUCAGUGAGGCCUUGCUCUAGCAUUUCUUUUCCUACUUCUGAUCGAAUUCGUGUAUGAUAGUCAUUAAGCCACACCAGCUGAAAUGAGAAAAAUUGUUAAUGAAAAGUAAUAAAACCAUUUUUUUC